UCAUGGCGGGCGGCGUGGUCGCUGCCGGUCGGGGUGCGCGGCCGCUGCAGCUGACGCUGGCGCUGCUGAAGCCGGACGCCGUCGCCCACCCGUUGGUGCUGGAGGCCGUGCACGAGACCAUCCUCAGCAACCAGUUCCUCAUCGUGCGCGCCAAGGAGCUGCGCUGCGGGCAGGAGGAGAGCCGUCGCUUCUACCGGGAGCACGCGGGGCGCUUCUUCUACCAGCGGCUGGUGGAGUUCAUGGCCAGCGGCCCCAUGUGGGCUUAUAUCUUAGCCCAUGAGGAUGCUGUUCCCCUCUGGAGAUCCCUGAUGGGACCCACCAAAGUCUUCCGAGCCCGAAUCUGUGUCCCCAACUCCAUCCGAGGAGCCUACGGCCUGACGGACACCAGGAACACCACGCACGGCUCAGAUUCGCCAGCUUCAGCCAGCAGAGAAAUUGCCUUCUUCUUCCCCGAGUUCGACGAGCGGCGCUGGUACCGGCGGGAGGAGCCGCGGCUGCGCCGGGGGCCCGUGCGCUACGACGCCGCGCGGCGCGUCCACCGCGUCUGCAGGGGGGCCGGGGGCUCUGCUGGGCACAGGGGGGCCGGGGGUUCUGCUGGGCCAGCCCCUUGGCCCGACCUGGAGACGCCGUGGGUGUAGGGGUGCAGGGAGGGCAGGACCCAGCGUGCUGCCCGAGGUCGUGUCACUCACGCUGCAGACAAGUCCUGGGGCACUUCUCCAGUGGCAGCGCUGCAGCCUGGUCCAGAGGUCUGGCCACGCAGUUCACUGGUCCCUCACGUGUUCCGUUUGGAGGGGGGGUUGCACUAAAUGAUCUUCAGAGGUCCCUGCCAACCCCUACCAUUCUGUGAUUCUGUGAUAGGAGCAGUACAGGCAAGGAGUUCAUCAAGGGUCAGUGGAAGGGGAUUACUAGUUCCAGUCAAGAUGUGUUUGGCUGUGCUGAUGGUGGGCCUCGGAUCCUUUGUAUUUGCUCUGCUCCCUGGGUCCCUUAAGGAGAAAGGAGGGAGAAAAGUAUAUGAAACAGUGCUGUGGUAAACAGAGCAGUGUUACCUCUCCUGUCCUUGCUUCCCUGCAUCCCAGCUGGGAAAUGAGGUUGUCCUUAGUGUUGUGCCAUGGUUGGUGUGGAGCACAGCUGGACGCUGCUCUCCAGAGGAGCACUCUGCCCUCUUGGUUCCCUCUGGACAGGCACUCGAAGCUGCAGGCAGGUCUGAGCCCGUCCUGUGUGGGGCAGGAGAGCAGACCAGAUGUGUAUGCACAAACCAAGAUUCACUGUAAAUAGUAAAAGAUGUGUAAAAAUAUACUAAAAGGCACGUACUGGAUUACCCAACUGUUGGGAUAUCAGGGUAGCAAAGCAAUAAGACAUGUUAGCAGCAGAAUACACAAACAACCAGUAACUAGUACACAAAGACUUAACUGAGUGCUGGUAACUUGUGCACAGAUCUAGAACAAUGACUGAAGUGCUACCUCAAAGCAGCACGGCAGGACAACGCCUGCAGUCUUCUGUCUUACGUUUAAAAGGAUCCUCAAGUCUUCAAGUGCCAAAGCUUAAAAGUUCCAGCUUUCCUGAACUUUUUAAAGCCAACUAAUGAAGAUAUGAAUAAGAACUCAGAAGGACCUGACAUUUCUUACCCUUCCUCUGGGUGCGGCAGGGGGUCCCUUUCUCUCAGCCUCCUGAGGAGUGACCACUCCAGCAGGCGUCUCUGCAGGAGGGGAACGGUCCAGCACACCUCCCAGGGCCAGUGAAGAUGGCGUCUCUCUCUGUCCAAAGACAGGACCAGGCUUUUGUAGAAUAAAGAGACUGACUGCUGUUGUGUAACUCCACAGCCAUACCUCCUAAAUUCCCUAUGGGAAAGCGAAGGGAACCAGAGGAAAGAGCCAAGAAAGCCCUUUUCCUCACUGAGCAAAUUCUUUAUCUGCCUGUUCUGUAUUGUCUCCAUUUGGCCUGGCUGGAGCCAAGCUGAGCUCUGUGGUCUACACAGGAGAGCAGCCAGUGUCUGAACAUCAACUCGGCCUUCUCUUUCUGCUGCCAAGGGUGUUAGCAGUGCAGUUUGUCAUGCCUUCCCUCUUCUUUCCCUUGGGAGCCCCUGUGGGUAGUUAGGGUCCGGCGGCCGGAAGAUUUCGCGCUGUACGGAAAGAUAAGGCCCCUCUCCUAAUAGCCAAUAGCACUUAGUUCACGAUGUAAGCAGACGGAAGUGACACCACAGACCUAACUCAUAUAAACACCGCGGUAAACACUAAUAAACGCCAUUUGCCAUCCACCA